AUGAAGCUGGAAAGCACAACGGGAGACAUGAGCGGGUGGAGGGAGGUGGACUUUGUCCUGAACUGCACGUACAUUGUGCCGGACCAGGUGUCGGACCCCAGCUUCAGCCUGCCCAAAGCCAUGACUUCCAUCCCACGCAACCUCACCUUCGAAUACAGCACAGAGAAUGAGGUAACAGGCGUGUUCAGCAAAGAAUACAUUCCUCAGGGGACUCGCUUUGGCCCUCUGCAAGGAGUCAUCUACACCAAAGACAAUGUUCCCAAACAGGCCAACAGGAAAUACUUCUGGAGGAUUUACAGCGGUGGGCAGCUUCAAAACUUUGUUGAUGGCUAUGACGUCCACAGGAGCAACUGGAUGCGUUACGUCAACCCGGCCCGCUCUCUGGCCGAACAGAACCUGGUGGCCUGCCAGAACGGCCGGGACAUCUACUUCUACACCAUCCGACCAGUGGAGCCCAACCAGGAGCUGCUGGUGUGGUACAGCCAGGAGUUUGCCCAGAGGCUCUGCGGCCAGCAGGUCGACAUCAAACAAAAAUACAUGAGUUCUGAUGAAGACAACGAGCAGGAGUACACCAAGCAGCAUCUACCUCAGCAGACAUGGCUGACAGAAAGAACAAAGGAGGAGGUGAAAGAAGAGAGGGAUGAAGACGGAGAGGAGAAGAUUGAUGUGGAGAUGUUGGAAAGAGACACUCCGCCUGACACGCCCGACGACCAGAUCAUGGACUUCAGCAAAAAGGUUGAGAAGGAGGAGAACGACAGAGAUCCAGAAAACCAGGGGACCAUUCCUUCCCCUAAGCCUGAACACAGAGAGCCAAGUCUGGGCUUAAACCACCCGUAUUUACAAGAUCCUCAUGCUGUGCUCCCAUCCCAGCACCGAAAUCUCCCUCUUCACCUCCACGGUCUCUACAGGGAGAGCGUUUCAUCUUACCCCAUCUACCCCCAAUCCAGACCCCUCCAGCCUAAUUACCCGCUCCUUCCUCCCUACGCCCCACACUACCCUCGCCUCCUCCUGCCCUCAUACUCCCCUCCCUUCCCUGGGAUGCUGCCUUCAAGAGGACCCCUCCGAUACAGCAACUAUCUGGGCACAGACGGAGUCCCGUAUCCACCCAUCGGCCCACCUAACCUGCUGCCAGUGUCCCUCCCCUACCCUCCUUCUUCACACGGAGGUCUGAAAGAACUCAAACCAAAUGUGUCGCCACCACGAGGCGCCCCAGCCACCCCAGAACUCUCCCCUCUCCCCAAGCCCGACAGCCAUCAGCAUCAGUCCAUCGAGCAGACUCCCUCUGGGUGCGAUGAAGCCAUGAAUCUAAGCCUGAUGCCGAUCAAAAGCAACACAGCGACGCGCAACGGCCCUGGCCACAAAUCCCUGCCCUACCCACUGCAGAAGCAGAACGGCAAGAUCAAGUAUGAAUGUAAUAUCUGCUCAAAGACUUUUGGACAGCUGUCGAACCUCAAGGUCCAUCUCCGAGUGCACAGUGGUGAGAGACCAUUCCAGUGUAACUUAUGCAAAAAGAGCUUCACUCAGCUGGCACACCUCCAGAAACAUCACCUGGUCCACACGGGAGAGAAGCCACAUGAAUGUCAGGUGUGUCACAAACGCUUCAGCAGCACCAGCAACUUGAAAACACACCUGCGCCUCCACUCUGGGGAGAAACCUUACCAGUGCAAGCUGUGCAGCACCAAGUUCACCCAGUACAUCCACCUCAAACUGCACCGCCGCCUCCACAGCAGCCGAGACCGGCCGUACCGCUGCCAGCUCUGCACCCAGGCCUUCUUCCACCGCUUCUCCCUCCGCAUCCACCAGUGCAGCUGCUGCCUGGCCAACUCCAACGCACCCGUCAACGCACACAUGAAACAGAUGGUGGAGAGGUUUGACGCCAGCCAAGAGGCGGACAUGCUCACAGAGGCGGCAUCGGCGCUGCAGGUGGAGGAAGCGGUGGAGCGCUGGUUGGCUCGUACCUUGGAAGGCGAGGGGAAGGAAGACCAGAAGGAGGCCACCACGCUGCUGAAAGCUCUGACAGCGGCUAUUAACGCACCAGCAAUGGCCACGGCCCAAUCAGCUACACCAACGUCGCACCACAGCUCUCCACUGACCUAUCAGGAGAGGGCCAGCGUUGUUCAUCUCCACCAAAGGCCAACAGUGAAGACAGAAGGACAGUGA